AUGUCAUCAUCAUCAUAUAUCAAUAACACACGUCGUCGUUCUACACCUUCGUUUUUCAUUGAUUCUAUUAGUGAAGAAGACAUAAAAUUACUUUUAUCUUCAAAAACUCCAAAUAUUAUUUCAAAACGUCGUGGAUCGGCUGUCUCUAUUAACUCUAUAACAUCAACUACAAGAAGAAAUUCAAUUCCUCCAAUUGACAUUUGUGUAAGAGAAAUAGAAAAAGAAGGAUUGAAAGCGAUUUUAAAUUCCAAAAUACCAUUAUUUUAUUUCUUGUAUUCAUUAUUGGAAGAAUAUUCGUCAGAAAAUCUAUUUUUUUUCCUAAAAGUUGAACAAUAUGAAUCAAAACAAUAUGAUAACUCAACGCAACAAUUGGUAAUGGCUCAACAAAUUUUUGACACAUAUUUAACAAGAAAUUCACAGUUUGAAGUGAAUAUAGAUGACAGAGUACGUAAAUUAACAAUUGCAGCAAUAAAAUCUGAGCGUGAUUUAAGAUAUUGUUUUCGUGAUGCUAAACAAGCAGUAUUUGUAUUAUUAGAGAAUAGUUUUUCUAGAUUCAUUAGAAGUAAUCUAGCUGAUACCAUGAGGAAAGAAAUUGGCGAACAUACCGCUCAUUAUUCUAAUGAAGCUCGGGAGCUUUCUGUUGAGAGAAACAACAGCAACAGUAAUAUUUAUGCUGGUGCAAAUGGAAAGAAACAGGAAUUAAAGUAUAAAAAGACAAAGGAUUUAAAAGAUCAUUUAAUAAGAAACUUUAGUUCAAAAAAUCAAAUUUAA